CGCGGGUUGUUGACGCCCCUCACCUCUGGUGCCUCUACUCGACUACUAUCCUCCAGCAUAAUGUCGCCAUUGUCGUCCGCUACCUUACAGCAGCUCGAUGCCUUCCUACUCACCCACUCUUAUGCGGCUGGGUUUACUCCUUCACAACUUGAUUUCAAAAUCUUGGCCAACAUCGGGGGUUCGGCCCCCGACGCAGCCGCCUACCCCAACGUGGCUCGAUGGUACACCCACAUCAGCCAUUUGAAGGUCACCAGCAAUGGCGUCGAUGCAGCAUCAGCAGACAAGGCCGCUGAGAAGGCCGCUAGGAAGAAGGCCAAGGCCGCUGAGAAGGCGGCCAGAGCGGCUAAGGCAGCCGAGGCCAAGGCCGCUAGAGCUGCUGCUGCUGCGGCAAAGCAGAAUGCCAACGCUAAGCAGCAUAGGAAGGAGGUCGUUAUCGAUAUCCUACCCGAGCCUAUGCCUGAUGUAGAGGAGCGUCGUGUGGCUAAGACUACUCCACCAGCUUUGGGUGCUGUAGCCCAUAACUUGGUUAAACCUGGUGAUGCUGAGAAGUACUACAUCACUACUGCUAUCAACUAUACCAAUGGCUGGGCCCAUAUUGGGCAUGCUUACGAGGCUGUAGCAGCAGACGCCCUAGCGAGAUGGAACAGGGUGUAUGGUCGUGAUGUGGAGUUCUGUACGGGUACUGAUGAGCACGGUCAGAAGAUUGCUCAGAAGGCUGAGUCUAAGGGCAAGACCCCUCAGGAGAUCUGUGACAUAUACGCCAGUGCCUUCCAAGCACUCAAUCAGAGGUUACGUAUUUCUAACGAUAUUUAUAUCCGUACUACUGAUGAGCAUCAUAUGAAGACUUGCCAGAAGCUAUGGGAGAUAGUGAGCUCUAAGGGGGAUAUCUACCUCGAUAACUACACUGGCUACUACUUAGUGCGAGAGGAGCGGUAUGUUACUGAUGCAGAGGCUAAGGAGUGGGACUAUAAGGAUCCUUCGACUGGUAAGCCACUCACUGAGAUGAGUGAGGAAAGCUACUUCUUUCGUAUGGGGAGGUAUCAGCAGAGGCUCGUUGACCAUAUCAAGAGCCAUCCUGACUUCAUUAAGCCUGAGCAAUACAGGCAGCAGAUCCUUGCUCGACUGGAGGAGCCUUUGCGUGAUCUCUCCUGCUCUCGUAGGACCUUUAGUUGGGGUAUUCCGAUCCCUGGCAGCGACGACCACGUGAUGUAUGUGUGGUUCGAUGCCCUCACUAACUACCUCUCGGCGGUCAACGGUCUCGAUUCGGAUAAGCCUCACUACUGGCCUGCUAAUGCCCACAUUAUAGGGAAGGAUAUUAUUUGGUUCCACUGUGUGAUCUGGCCUUGCAUGCUGAUGAGCGCGGACAUACCCCUACCUGAGUCGGUGGCAGUGCACGGCUUCAUACAGGAUGCGGAGGGCAAGAAGAUGUCCAAGUCCAUCGGCAAUGUUGUGGACCCUCAUGAUGUCCUGGAUAAGUUCCCUGUUGAUACAGUGAGGUGGUAUAUGCUCUCUGAUGCUCCUUAUGGUGGCGACCUCAAGUUCUCGACAGCUGCUAUGAUCAACACACACAAUGCUGAUCUAUGCAAUGGUCUUGGCAACUUGGUGAACCGUGCUAUAGCCUUGUCAGGGGGAUGCGUUCCUGAGUUUUCUGUAAAGGAUUUGGAGAAGCCUUUUGAUCUCCGGAAGACAAUUGAUGAUCUCGAUGCUACCAUGCGGCAACAGGAUGCUAUCAGCGAGGGCUGUGCUAUCAUUCGUCAAGUUACUGGUGCUACCAACGAGUGGAUUACUCGAGUGGAGCCUUGGAAGAUCAAGGAUGAUAAAGAGAAGAGAAUGGCCAUCAUCCGUUUGCUCAUGGAGUCUGUGUAUGUUUUGGCUCACUUGUGGGCUCCCUUCAUCCCGAUGGGCGCUGAUAAGAUCUUCGAGAAGCUCGCUACGGCACCUCGUCCUCUGAAGGACCUCUCGGAGACUUUCGAGAACCUCGAGCCCGGUCACCCGAUCCCGACUAGCAAGAGCGGUUGUCUUAUGCAAGGGGCUGUAAUAAAAAGAACAACAACAGCUGAGGAGAAGAUCGAGCGCAUUAAGAGGAAGUUGGAUAAUGAGAAUACCCGAAAGCAGCCUCUUGUUGGGCUUAUGGGCGAUAGUCGUAUAUGCAGGGGAAGCACGUGUGGUAGGGUGAGGGUGCCUGUGCAGGAGAAAAGCAAUUGGGCUCGAUCGUCGGACUUGGCACGAGAAAUGCAGAGGAGGAAGCUGCAGCGUGCAGACCGUGUGGGAGGGGUCUCGAGGGAGAGCCCGCUGCCCGCUCAUCGUCAUGCAGAUGUCCAGUCAUCACAGCAGUGCUAUGAGAAGCUCACUGAGAUCGUUACAGAAUACGAUGCUGAUACUGAAACUUCAUUCCCCCAUGAGCGGCCACCGAGCCCCGUAUUCAUGCCAGCCUAUAGCGGUAGUGAUGUCGCAACGCAGAUCCUGGAUGGGGACUUCUUUGAUUUCGAUAAGGAGGUGGUACCGGUAUUGGAGGUCAUUGUGGGGAGGACCAUCGAGAGGGCUCUUAUGGAGGUGUUAGAGGAAGAGGAAGUGGAGGCUAUACAGAAGCGACAGGCUGGGUUCCAAGCCUUACGCCACGCUGAGCUCCUUGAGGCCCAGCGAAUGGAGGGUGUGGAGAAACGACGAUCGUAUGAGAGAGAGCGAAGGAGGACUCAGGAGCAUAUGAGGAUCACUACAGAAGGGGUCCUCCGGCGAAAGCUCUUAUCGAGGCAGUUGGCGAAGCACUUCGUAGCGCAGUUGGAGGCUGAUGUGCUGAGAAGGCUCGGAAGACUGGGCAGAUUUGAUGAUCCUCAGCUGAUCGACGUACAAACGAAGAUUCUCCCGAAUGUAACGAGUGGGGCCAUUGAGAUGACUUCCCUUCGACAUGCCUGUACACAUGUGGCUGCUGAGCUAAUAGAGGCGGCGUGCACUGACCGCACCAGACGGUUCAAUGAGUCUCGAAAUGAAUAUUUAACGAGGAAGAAAAUGGUCGAGGCUGUCGUUGUUGCCGCCGAGAAGGAGAGUAGAAUAAUAUUGGAAAUUGAGAAGAUGGAGGCUGAGCGGAUCAACAACGAGAGGGAGAUGAUGAAGUCGUGGGAGGCACAUGAGGAUCCGAGUACACCAGAGGCUGUGGAAGAGGCAACCAACGAGGAGGACGGUGGUGCAGCGGAGGGUAGGUGA